AUGAGUAUUCGAGAAAUUCACGAACUAGAAGUUUCACUCAAUGUAACUUCUGGGAGUGUACGGGAAGCACACUGUACUUCCAGAGCUGGCAAAAGUGGAUACUGUAAUCAUGUGAUGAGUCUUCUACUUGAACUCGCUCGUUACUCUUUGGAAGACUUUGACAGGAUACCUGAGGAAGCAGCAUGUACAAGCAUGUCAAGGAAAUGAGGUAUUCCUGGUAAAGUAUAAAUUGAUUUCAAUUAGCUGCCAUUACCUACCUGUACCUUUGGGCAGCUCAGCUGCAAGUAGUUAACAUGCUCGGUUUUCGUCUGCUAGCAGAAGAAUUAAACUGAUAUUAGCAUAGGUGAUGCUGAAGCACGUCUUGAUAAAGUUGUAUGAUGUGUCUGAAAGUUUUGAUGUGACUUAAGCAUUAUUCACAUAGUGAUCAAACUUUUUUCUGUUGUUGUUAUAAGGUAAGAAAGGUCUGCCUAAAGAACCCAUAAUGAAGACAUCAGUUCAAAAGGAUUUAACGAACAAGGGAAUAAAACCAACUCUGUUUGAUCCAAGAGUAAAGAAAAAAAAAAGAUUAGACAUCCGUGGAGUUCAAGUAAUGCAAAAGGAAUUGGAAUCAAUUCAUCCUCUUAUUGGUUUUUCCCAUGUCAUCCCAAAAAAGCCUGAAUUGGUGACUAAUAUAUAAUAGAGUCAUUAUGAAAUUAAUAGAGUUUAUGAUUUUAAGUAUUUAGGCAUCGUUCUUGACGAUAGUCUUACGUGGAAAGGCCUUGUUCGUUAUGUUAUUUCUAAGGUUGGUAAAAGAGUUGGUGUCUUAGGGCGCCUUAGAAGGAAUAUCACUAUACAUGCAGCUUUCGAGAUGUAUAAUUCAUUAAUUUUGCCCAUUUUUGAUUAUUGCGAUGUUGUUUGGUCCAGCUGCAAUAAAGCAGAUAUGGAAAGUCUUGAAUCUUUGCAAAGGCGGGCCUCGAAAAUUAUAGUUAAAUCUAAAUGUCGUACAACAUCCGCCGACUAUCUUAAAUUUCAGAGUUUAGAAGAUCGCCGUAACGCUCAUAUUUUAGGUUUAGUGAAGAGGUGUUUAAAUAAUGAUGUACCAUAGUUUUUAAAGAAUUAUUUUAAGUUGAAUAAGGAAGUUAUUUCAAGAGAAACAAGAAGAAGCAAUUUUAUAUACGUUCCUGCAGUAAGAACUGAGACCGCCAAGAAAAGUUUUUAUUAUAAUAGCUCAGUUGUGUAUAAUAAUUAUUUAGUAAAUAAGAAUUAGUUUUAAUUGUUAUACUGUACUAUUAUUAACUUAUAGUUACUUAGUUUCUUAUUAUUUAUUUUGAACUUUUUUAUUAGUCUUAAUUUAGGGCUCCUAUUGAUAACAGAUAUACUUUUAAGUAUUCUGAAGGGAUUACCCUAGUUAAAUAAAGGUUUACUGCUACUAUAGACACCAGGUAGGGACCAGUGGUCAUUGGAUCUCCCCUCUCUUUUCAUUUAAGUUCUUUGGAAUUCAAUUUCACUGUUGUCACUAACCUGGAACCGGCAGUUAACCCUGCUCAAGCAGAUUCAAGUGACAUUUACAAAGUAAGCUUGCCAUUCCAUUUCCCAGAUUUACCUGAAGCUGUUCAUUUCAGUACUGUACAAAAAAAAUUCAUUGAACACUUAAGAGUAACUCACCAAGAAAGUAUUGAUAUUGAGAAAAGGACUGUUAAGCAAAGGGAAUGUGAUGAGUUGAUAAAACACCGCAAAAAUAGACUUGGAUCAUCUGUGUGUCACAGAAUAUAUGUAAGGAAACGAAGUUUCAAUAAUCUUGCCAAGAAACUUAACCAGUAAUUUAAGCCUCUAGAUGAAAUUCCAGCAAUUCAGCAGAGAAAGCUAAAGCAUGGCAUAAGAUUUGAGCCAGUUGCAAGAGAAAAAUAUUAUGAUGUCAUGAAGCACUAUUUGAAGAGGCCAAUUACCUUGAGAGAGACAGGGGUGCAUGUUUUGGAUUGAAGGCAGUCCUGAUGGUCUUGUUAUUGAUCCAUGUUCCUCAUCUGGGAAGAUAGGGACAAUUGAAAUGAAAUGUCCAGAGGGAAAGAAGAACCACACCCCAGAGGAGGCGAUGCAAGAUGAAUCGUUUUAA